AAGAAAAAUGGUGCCCACUCAUCAGUGUAAACGGAAGUUCAAAUUCAGUACUGCGAUUCCUAGGGUUUAGGCCGGAGAGGACGACGGAAGAAGAUGAAGCCGGUAGUAGGAACAGUAGUGUCUAACAAGAUGCAGAAAUCAGUAGUGGUGGCAGUGGAUAGACUCUUCCACAACAAGGUUUACAAUCGAUAUGUCAAACGGACCUCCAAAUUCAUGGCUCAUGAUGACAAAGACGAAUGCAACAUCGGUGACCGCGUUAAGUUGGAUCAUUCAAGACCACUGAGCAAGCGCAAGCACUGGGUUGUAGCUGAAAUUUUGAAAAGAGCAAGAAUUUAUGUGCCUCCGCCACGAGUUACCACUGAGAGGGUCAACAAGACUCAAGUGUCUGCCCCCUAAUGCUAGUUAGAGCUGAAAGAGAAUUACUAUCUCAAUCUUUGUCUUGUGUAUCCAGAACAAAUUGCCUAUUAACUGUUAACUUUUUUGAAACAAGUACUGCUCACUGCUCAGAAACGUAGAGUUUCUACUCAACCUCCUCGAUCAGUGCAAUUAGAUUACCAUUUUAUUCCUGCACUCAAUAAAAAAAAUUUAUCCUUUAGUUAAA